AUGCGAUUGCGUGCUCGUGACGUCAGCGGUGCACCUGCGAAGCGCUCUGUCGCAUCAUCACACCGGCGCUGCUUUCAGAAUCCGCUCCGUCCGUCCGUCGUCACUCCCAAAACAUGCUUCAAUGGCACCGCCGCUGAACUUCCGCGCGUUUUUCACGAGGAGCGGCCGCUGUUUGAACUUUGAUUCGGAUAAACGAGCGCGCGUUCGGUAUCUGGAGUGUCAUCCGCGGAUGACUAAAUAACAGCAGCGAUGGCCGGGGCAAACAUGGUGUUUUCGGACGUCGAAACUUUCUUGGAUGAGCACCCGGAAUUGCUGGAGGACUACCUGAAUAGAAAGGGCAAAGCGAGCAUGGUGGAAAAGUGGAUGAAGAGCCAUCCGAAAACUCCGGAGAAAGCGGCGAGCGCGUGCGCGAAGGACAGCUGGGCGAGCCGCGGAGACGGGCUGCAGAGACGGGCGUCGCAGAAAGAGCUUCGGAAGACCUUCGCCAGGUCCAAAGCCAUCAACGCGAACAGGACUUACGACGAGCAUGUGAACUCCAGAGCCCAGGAGCCGCUGACCAGCAUGCGGAGGCGCGCGCUGCUGCGUAAAGCCAGCUCCUUACCGCCGACCACCGCGCACAUCCUCUCCGCGCUGCUGGAGUCCCGGGUCAACAUCCCUCAAUACCCGUCCACCGCUGUAGACUACAAAUACUACCUAAAAGAGCACAACGAGCGGGAGUUUUUCCUGGAGCUCGUCAAAGACAUCUCCAACGACCUGGAUCUGACCAGCCUCAGCUAUAAGAUCCUGGUGUUCGUGUGCAUUAUGGUGGACGCCGACCGCUGCUCGCUGUUUUUGGUGGAGGGUCCGACUAAUAAGAAGACUUUGGUGUCUAAGUUUUUUGAUGUGCACGCGGGGACCACUGUGCUGCCAUCGCUGAGCAACUCGGAUGAGGUGCAGGUGCCCUGGGGAAAGGGCAUCAUCGGGUAUGUGGCCGAGCACGGGGAGACCGUCAACAUCCCCGAUGCCUAUCAGGACCAUCGUUUCAGUGACGAGAUUGAUAAACUCACCGGAUAUAAAACCAAGUCUCUUCUGUGCAUGCCUAUACAUAACAGUGACGGAGAGGUCAUCGGGGUCGCACAGGCCAUCAACAAGAGCCCCAAUGGAGCGCUGUUCACCCAAGAUGACGAGAAGGUGUUGCAGAUGUAUCUACCCUUCUGUGGUAUCGCCAUCUCAAACGCCCAGCUGUUCGCCGCCUCCAGGAAAGAGUACGACAGGAGCAGGGCUCUACUGGAGGUGGUGAAUGAUCUGUUCGAGGAGCAGACGGAUCUGGAGAAGAUCGUGAGGAAGAUCAUGCACCGCGCUCAGACUCUGCUGAAGUGUGAACGCUGCUCUGUCCAGCUGCUGGAGGACAUCGAGUCUCCGGUGGUGAAGUUCACCAAGUCCUUUGAGCUUCUAUCACCCAAAUGCAGCGCUGACAUGGAGAACAGCUUUAAGGACAGCAUGGAUAAAUCCUCAUACUCUGAUUGGCUGAUCAAUAACAGCAUUGCAGAGCUGGUGGCCUCCACUGGACUUCCUGUGAACAUCAGCGACGCCUAUCAAGACCCUCGAUUCGACGCUGAGGCAGAUCAGUUCUCCGGCUUCCACAUCAGAUCUGUGCUGUGUGUCCCCAUCUGGAACAGUAACCACCAAAUCAUCGGUGUGGCUCAGGUCUUGAACAGACUCGACGGGAAACCAUUUGAUGAUGCAGAUCAGAGGCUGUUCGAGGCAUUUGUGAUUUUCUGUGGACUGGGAAUUAAUAACACCAUUAUGUAUGACCAAGUGAAGAAGUCCUGGGCCAAGCAGUCCGUGGCUUUGGAUGUACUGUCGUAUCAUGCCACCUGCUCAAAGACUGAGGUGGACAAGUUUAAGGCGGCGAACAUCCCCCUGGUGUGUGAGCUGGGCAUUGAUAAACUGUCGUUUGAUGAUUUCUCUCUGGAUGUGGACGCGAUGGUGACGGCGGCGCUCAGGAUGUUCAUGGAGCUGGGGAUGGUGCAGAAGUUCAAGAUAGACUACGAGACGCUGUGUCGGUGGCUGCUGACCGUGAGGAAGAACUACCGCAUGGUUCUCUAUCACAACUGGAGACACGCGUUCAACGUCUGCCAGUGCAUGUUCUCCAUGCUGACCACAGCAGGCUUCCAGGAGACUCUGACAGAGAUGGAGACACUGGCUCUGAUCGUGGGCUGCAUCUGCCAUGAUUUAGACCACAGAGGAACCAACAACGCCUUCCAGGCCAAGACGGGAUCAGCUCUUUCUCUUCUUUACGGGACGUCAGCAACACUAGAGCACCAUCAUUUCAACCACGCGGUGAUGAUCCUGCAGAGCGAGGGUCACAACAUCUUCUCCAAUCUGUCGUCACAUGAGUAUGGAGAACUGAUGCAGCUCCUCAAGCAGUCCAUACUGGCCACAGACUUAACCCUCUACUUUCAGAACAGAAACUCUUUCUUUGAGCUGGUGAAUAAAGGCGAAUACAACUGGAACGUGAAGGAGCACAGAGAGAUGUGCAGGUCCAUGUUGAUGACGGCGUGUGAUCUGGGCGCUGUUACCAAACCCUGGGAGAUUUCGCACAAGGUCGCAGAGCUGGUAACCAGUGAGUUUUUCGAGCAGGGAGAUCGGGAACGCUCCGAACUCAAGCUCACGCCGUCGGCCAUAUUUGACCGAAAUCGUAAGGACGAGCUGCCAGGCCUUCAGCUGGAGUGGAUUGAUGGGAUCUGCGCGCCGCUCUAUGAGACAUUUGCCAAAUUAAACCCCAAACUGCAGCCGAUGAUGGACUUGAUCAAGGCUAAUCGUGCCAAAUGGGAAGAACUGCACCACAGACACCAGCGAAUCAGCCAAGAAGCCAGCAUCCCCGCUAGUCCAGAUCACGCAGAAGUUUCUAGCAGCUGUAGCUGUGCAGAGCCCCUCCACUCCAUCAGCUAACUGCAGAAACCUUCCCACAAUGCACAACAGGAUGAGUCUGAUCACUUCAGACCAGCAGGCAUUACCUCACUAGCGCCCUCCGUGGCCGUUUCAGCACUGCGUCUGAGUUUGAGUUCGAUGCUGCACGUUUAGCUAGCGUCGACUCGGAGAAUCUUAGGGAUGUGUUUACGCCCGGGGAAGCUAAUUGGCUGAAUUAGCUACUUUAGGGCUAGCAUGCUAACUCUGCUGUGCGUGUGAGCUACUUCCAGCAGGGACUGUUUGAGGAGAUCGCUGCAGUAUUAUAUAGCGUAUUUUUUUCUCAUUUGUAGCUUUAUGUUGGAUGAACACACACAGUUGCAAGAAAAAGUAUGUGAACCCUUGGGAUUACUUAAAUUUCGGCAUACAUUUCAAAGAAGGUGUGUCCUGAUCUUCAUCUAAGUCACAACAAUAGAGAAACACAGUCUGCUUCAACUAAUCCCACACAAUUAUGAAAGGUUUCAUGUUUUUAUUGAACACAACAUGUAACCGUUCACAGUUCAGGGUGGAAAACAUAUGCAAACCAUUGGGUUUAUUAACUUGUUGACCAUCCUUUGGCAGCAAUAAACUCAACCAAACUGUUUAUGUAGUUGCAGAUCAGACCUGCACCAUGCUUAGGAGGGAUUUUGGACCGUUCCUCUGUACAAAUUUUCUGUUUCAAUUCAGCAAUUUUCCUGGGAUGUCUGGCGUAAAUCACUUUUUUGAGGUCAUGCCACAGUAUCUCAAUCAGGUUAAGAUCGGGACUCUGACUGGGCCACUCCAGAAGGAGUAAUUUCUUCUGUUGAAGUCAUUUUGGUUUACUUCUGUGCUUUGGGUCUUUGUCUUAUUCUGAGUGCUCUUGUGUGCGAGACAUGGAUCACACAAGGCAAUGCUUCUUGAGAACAGCAAAGUCAAAACUGCUGUGUGUUUUUUAACAGAGCAGGGCGGCUUUAACCAACACAUCCAAUCUCAUCACAUUGAUUGGACUCCAGGUUGGCUCCAAUUAGCUUUUAAGGAAGUCAUUAACCUAGCGGUUCACAUACUUUUUCCACACAAAAUCUUAACAUUCACAGUGUAGGGUGGAAAAAAUAUGUUUCCCAUUGGGUAAAAUAACUUGUUGACCCUCCUUUUGCAGCAAUAAGCUCAACCAAACACUUCCUGUAGUUGCAGAUCAGACCUGCGUAACGGUCAGGAGGGAAUUUGGACCGUUCCUCUUUAAAAAACUGGUUAAAUUCAGCAAUUUUCCUGGGAUGUCUGGCGUAAAUCAAUUUUUUGAGGUCAUGCCACAGUAUCUCAAUCGGGUUAAGCUCAGGACUCUGACUGGGCCACUCCAGAAGGUGUAUUUUCUUUUGUUUAAGUCAUUUUGUCGUUGAUUUACUUUAAUGCUUUGGGUCUUUUUCUGAGAGCUCGUUUGUGCGAGACAUGGAUCACACAAGGCAACACAAAAUGUAAACAUUCACAGUCACAGUUGAUGGUUUAAAAAGUAUGCAAACCUUUGGUUUUUAAUAACGAGUUGACCCUCCUUUGGCAGCAGUGGGCUCAACCAAACAUUUCCUGUAGUUGCAGAUCAGACCUGCAUAGCAGUCAAGAGGGAUUUUGGAUCAUUCCUUGUUACAAAACUGGUUCAACCCAGCUAUAUAUUUAGUGUGAUGUCUGGUGUGAAUCCCUUUCUUGCAGUCAUGGCACAGUAUCUUAAUCAGGUUGAGGUCAGGACUCUGACAGGGCCACUCCCGAAGGUGUAUUUUCAUCUGUUGAAGACAUUCUGUUGUUGAUUUACUUCUAUGCUUUCGGUCAUUGUCCUUUUCUAAGACCUCUUUUGAGUGAGACAUGGAUCACAUCAGGCAAUGCUUCAUGACAAUAGCAAAGUCAAAACUGCUGUGUGUUUCACAUACUCCACCCUGCACUGUGAAUGCUUAUAUGUUGUGUUCAAUGAAAACAUAACACAAUAUGUGUGUGGCAUUAGUUUAAGCAAUGUUUUUCUAUUGUUGUACCUUCGAUGAAGAUCAGAACACAUUUUCUGUCCAAUUUAAGCCGAAAACCAAGUGAUCCCAAAGGGUUGGCAUACUUUUUCCUGCAACUGUAUGGUGAGCACUGGAGCUGGGUUCUGUACUGUGCGUAAGUCAUGUGAAGAAAUGACUCUAGUUUUAGCUGAUGUAUUUAUUUAUUGGAGGAUCGGGGCUUUGUGGAGCUCUUGGCAAAUACUUGCACUGCAAAUCCACUCCAGCGCUGUACUCUGUGCCUUGGUAAAACCCCCAUGAUAAUGCAUGCAUCGACUUCACAGUUAGCUCUGGUUCAUACUCUACGUCAUUAUGGAGUUCACACACACGAAAAACACCCUCAAAACUCAGUCAAAAUAGUUCAAUAAAAUUUAUGGUAAAAAAAAGUAGUGGAGACAUUGUGUGGUAGUGGAGACAUGUCUAAUUUGAUAGUAAACUCCCUUAUCAUUAAUACACCACUACAGUGCUUCACUACUUUAUACAAUAUGAAUACAACAGUGUUUUGAAGUAUUAACAUCUACAUUAUAUCUUUGUAAUUCACAGAAUUAAAGCCCACCAAAAGCAGGCGGCGAUGAGAACGUCACAUGAUGGCCUGAUCAUGAUUAGGCCUGUUUCUAACUUCAGACUGCACUUUUUGGUUUCAUUAAAGGAUUGUGCCUUUACCAAGAUAAAAAAGCAACAACACAUGCAAAACGCCCAGGCUUCAUUUGCAUUCAGAAUCUCAUUCUAGGAAAAUUUUGUCAGCUGGAAAACUCUCACAAAUCCUAAGACCAAGGAAAUUUUACAGACCAAAAAGAAUACAAAAGCAGGGCCUUUUAAGAUUAUUUUGCUUAAAACACAUUUUCUGCUCAACUUGUCCAAAUGUUUUGAUUUUGAUUUUGUUUGUACUUCUUAUUAUAAUAGCAUUAUAACAAUCCAUUGUGGUCAUCAUUAUUAUUUUUCAAAUAUCUCAGAACUAAUAGCGAAAGAUUAAAUGUUAUCUUUAGGUGUCCUUGUUGCGGUGUUAUCAAUGUAUUGAGUAUUAUUAUUGAGCAAUGUAUCCCCAUUAUGGCUAGGGUUAGCAGACAUCUACUUCUUUACCAAUCCCUAAAUUUACAGCUGUAACCAUAUCACUAAACCUCUUAAUAACAUUAACCAAACCCCUAAAACUAUCACUAAAACUCCCUAUAACCUUAACCAACCCUUAAAACUCACUAAAACUGACCAUAACCAAGCCUUACAACAUCACCAAAACUCCCCAUAACCUUAACCAACCCUUAAAACUCACUAAAACUGACCAUAACCAACCCUUACAACAUCACCAAAACUCCCCAUAACCUUAACCAACCCUUAAAACUCACUAAAACUGACCAUAACCAAGCCUUACAACAUCACCAAAACUCUCCAUAACCUUAACCAACCCUUAAAACUCACUAAAACUGACCAUAACCAACCCUUACAACAUCACCAAAACUCCCCAUAACCUUAACCAACCCUUAAAACUCACUAAAACUGACCAUAACCAAGCCUUACAACAUCACCAAAACUCUCCAUAACCUUAACCAACCCUUAAAGCGAUCUCUAAAACUCUCUCUAAUCUUAAGCAACCCGUAAAACGAUCACCAAAACUCUCCAUAACCUUGACCAACCAUUAAACUAUCACUUAAACCCUCUCUAGCCUAAACCAACCCUUAAAAACUAGCUGUAAAAAUAUCCUUAACUUUAACCAACCUAUAAAACUAACACCAAAUCUCUCUAAUCUUAACCAUCCCUUAAAACUAGCCCUAAAACUCGUUCUAACCUUAACCAAGCCUUAAAACUAACACUAAAACUCUCUUUGACCAUAACCAACCCUUACAACAUCACCAGAUUUCUCCAUAACAUUUACCAACCCGUAAAACGAUCACUAAAACUCUUCAUAACCUUGACCAACCCUUAAAACUGCUCCUAAAACUCUCCACAGCCUUGACCAGCCCUUAAAACUAACACUAAAACUCUCUCUAACCAUAACCAACCCUUACAACAUCACCAAAACUCUCCAUAACCUUAACCAACCUUAAAACUAACACUAAAACUCUCUCUAACCAUAAGCAACCUCUAAAACUAUCUCUUAAACUCUCUAACCUUAUCCAACCCUUACAACUAUCACUAAAACUCCACAUAACCUUAACCAACCCUUAACCAAUCACUAAAACCCUCUCUAGCCUUAACCAACCCUUAAAACUAGCUGUAAACUUCUCCUUAACUUUAACCAACCUUUUAAACUAACUCUAAAUCUCUCUAACCUUAACCAGACCUUAAAACCUGCCCUAAACUUCUCCUUCACUUUAACCAACCCUUAAAGUUAUCAUCAUAACUCUACCUAACUUUAACCAACCCUUAAUACUAACACUAAACCUCUCUCUGACCAUAACCAACCCUUAAGACUAUUACUAAAACUCUCCAUAACCUUGACCAACCUUUAAAACUAUCAAUAAAACUCUUUAUAACCUUGACCAGCCCUUAAAACUAUCACUAAAACCCUAUCUAACCUUAACCAACCCUUAAAACUAGCUGUAAACUUCUCCAUAACUUUAACCAACCUUUAAAGUUAUCAUUAAAACUCUCCCUAACUUUAUCCAACCCUUAAUGCUAACACUAAUUCUGUCUAACCAUAACCAACCAUUAAAACUAGCUGUAAACUUAUCCUUAACUUUAACCAACCUUUAUAACUAACAUUAAAUCUCUCAAACGUUAACCAACCCUUAAAACUUGCCCUAAACUUCUCCUUAAAUUUAACCAACCCUUAAAUUAUCAUUAAAAAUUCUCCCUAACUUUAUCCAACCCUUAAUGCUAACACUAAUUCUGUCUAACCAUAACCCACCCCUUAAAACUAGCCUUAAAACUGUUCUAUUCAAGUUGGAAAAAAUAAACAAACCAAAAUAAAGGUCCCGCCCCCUACUCAAUAUUCAAUUUCAGUUAGAAGUAUAUAAGCAUACAAAAGUACAAGUCCCGCCCCCUGCCUAAUAUUCUGCUAUUUGUAACUUUUUGAUUUAGUGGCUUAGUCGAAUUCAAACGAUCUCAUUCGAACAAUUGAGUAGGAUUUGCUCAUCCCCAAUGAGGGUGGGGUUGGGUGCCACGCCUCUUUUUAAAAAUCUUACAUUUUCAUACAAAUUCACCACAAAACGUAAAAUUCUCACAUUUCCUCGUGAGAUCAGGCUGGAUAUUUCAAUAUUGGGUUACAACAUCCCAUCAUUUUAAUAAAAGUAAACAAACAUUCAUUUAAAUCAGAUUUUUUUGGUAUUUUUAAUUGUUUUUUCCCAUGAUUCUUUGUGUCCUGAAGUGGACUUUGCUUUACUUCCUGCACUUUGAUAAUUGUGUUGUGAAACAGCCUCAAACAGACGGAGAGCGAAGUCAGUGUAUCUGCAUGAACAGGUGUUUGCUUCAGAGAUCUGCUGUGCCUGCAUGGAGCCAGGAACACUGUCAUAUUGUGGAACUGCGUUAUUUUCCAAUGUUUACAUUACUCGCACUGAUUUAUUGGUUAUUGGGAUUUUUUAAUCACUGUUUGGUUUUACUCUGAGGCAUUAUGUAAUGAGGCUGUUCUUGUUCUCUUGGUUCAAUAUUUCUUUUGUCUGGCAGAGAUUUCUCAAGACUGCUGAAGCAUGAUUGCUGGAAGUGUCCAGUUCAAAUAAACGUGCUGCUAGUAAUGA